CCGUUGCUCAAAAGGGAGGGCGGUGUGGAGAUUGGGGAACAGCCCCAGCGCGUGCGUCAAGGGAGAAGCCCCGCCCACAAAUCCUGCUGCGGAGCCGCUCCUGGGUCAUUCAGCGUGAGGCGCGCGGAGAGAGAGGGGGGAGUGUGUGUGCAUGUGUGAGGCGCGGUUCUCUCUGGCUUUUUCUCACAGCGGUGGUCUUACUUCUUCCUCUCGAGCUGUACCGUUGGCCAUGGAGGCGCAGAAAGAAGCUCUGCAAAGGAUUAUUUCUACAUUGGCACACAAAAAUGAUGAAAUCCAAAAUUUCAUUGAAACCCUAAAUCACACUCUAAAAGGUGUACAGGCUAAUUCUUCCAGUGUAAUUGCUGAGCUGGAUGAAGAGUUUGAUGGCUUAUAUUCAAUACUUGAUGAAAUGAAGGAAAGCAUGACAACUAGUAUCAAGCAGGAACAUGCUCAUAAAACCCAGGAACUUCAGAAUCAACUUAGCCAAUGUAGUAGUUCCCUCGAAAACUCUGAAGAAUUGCUAGAAUUUGCUGCACGGUCACUGGAUAUAAAGGACACUGAGGAAUUUUCAAAGGCUGCCAGACAGAUCAAGGAUAGAGUCACAAUGGCUCCAGCAUUCCGCUUAUCUUUGAAACCUAAAGUGAGUGACAACAUGACACAUUUGAUGGUGGACUUCUCUCAAGAAAGACAAAUGCUCCAGGCUCUAAAGUUUUUACCAGUUCCCAGAGCUCCAGAAAUAGUUCUAUCAGAUUGCCUCGUAGCUGACAACUCUGUAACGAUAUCCUGGCAAAUGACAGAGGAAGACAAUAAAAUUGAUCACUAUGUCCUAGAAUACAGAAAAACCAACUUUGAUGGGCUUCCUCGAAUAAAAGAUGAGAGGUGCUGGGAAUCUAUAGAUUAUAUUAAGGGCACAGAAUAUACAUUAUCAGGUCUGAGGUUUGAUGCAAAAUAUAUGAACUUCCGUGUCCGUGCUUGUAACAAAGCUGUGGCUGGAGAGUAUUCUGAUCCUGUGACAUUAGAGACAAAAGCUCUUCUAUUCAAUCUGGAUGGUUCAUCAUCUCAUAUUAAUUUGAAAGUUGAAGACUCCUAUGUUGAAUGGGACUCCACUGGAGGCAAGAGCCAGGAAAACAAAAUAAAGGGAAAAGAGAACAAAGGCAGUGGCCAGAUCACCCUUCUGAAGAACAAUACAAGAAGUGGGACUCCAUCUCCAAAGCGGUCAUCAGUUACCUCCCGUUCACCUUUAAUUAGAGGCAGCAGAGAUAGAUUUACUGGGGAAUCAUACACUGUGUUAGGUGAUUGUUCUAUUGAAAACGGGCAGCAUUAUUGGGAAGUAAAGGCACAGAAAGACUGUAAAUCCUACAGUGUAGGAGUAGCAUAUAAAAAUAUGGGGAAAUUUGACCAGCUGGGAAAAACUAAUACCAGCUGGUGUGUACAUGUAAAUAACUGGCUCCAGACCACAUUUGCUGCCAAGCACAAUAAUAAAGCAAAAUCGUUAGAUGUUGUUGUUCCAGACAGAAUAGGAGUCUAUUGUGACUUUGAUGGAGGUCAGCUCUCUUUCUAUAAUGCAACUUCAAAGCAAUUGUUGUACACCUUCAAAACAAAAUUUACCCAACCCAUCUUGCCGGGCUUCAUGGUUUGGUGUGGCGGUCUUACAUUGACAACGGGACUUCAGGUUCCUACUGCUGUGAAAACAUUGCAGAAGAGUGAAAACGGACUAAGCGGUUCUGCUAGUAGCCUAACCAAUGUUGCCCAGUGAUGUUUCCACUACUAGGGUUUACUGCUUUUCUUUGCAGGUAGUAUUUGAAGAGUUUGUGAGCCACGGUUUCAUGUGUUCCUGCUGUUUCUAAGGCCUGUGUGCCACUACUGCAAGACGUUUAGGGCUGAACUGAAGUGUUAGCAGGAAUGUACUGUGAAUCUGCAGUGUGAUAAGAAAAUAGGAAUCGUUUCUUUUUUUUUAGAGAAGAAAGUUUUCAAAGUUGUAGCUAUGUGCUUCCACUAGACUAAAUUUGACUACUUGUCUAUGGAUGCUUAUAAUUGAUCACUUCAACACGAUAUAUAGCCAAGACAAUUAUGAGCUUAGUCUAAAAGCCCUCAUUGCUUUUCUUCUCUCUAGAACCUCUAACACUCCCUCCUGACCCUUGAGAAAAAAAAACUUGAGCUAGAGAGUCAUGCACUGAUGCUUUAACAAUUAGAACUGAAUAAAGCUAGUCUUAAUAUUUUACCAGAGGAAGGACUUAAAUACUUCUAUUUUGAUCAGCGUCCUUCAGCUUAAGAUUGCUCCUUCAUUGUUAUGGUUAAACUUGCAACAUCUACUUAGCCAUUCCACAUGCAACAGUUUAAACUGGCAUAUAACCACAUAGAAUAUUUUGUAGAAUGGAAGAUGUCACUUGCAUUAACUACUAUAAGAGUGUAAUCUUUAUGCCAAGUCAAUUUUUAAGGAGCUUUUUGCUUUCAUUUUUCUUGAAUUAAAUACCUGUAAAGGUGGGAUUACUUUACAUGAUCAAAUUCAGCCUCAUUCAUGUUGGUCAAACUGAUAUCUAGCUUUUUUUCUAAAUGGGCAGACCUCUUUGAAGUGACUUAGUUCUCAGAAUCCAUUCAUGCUGCUUUAAGUUAGUGAUAAAUACAUAACUUGUUUCACAUAUAUACCUUAAUUCUUAAGCCCUUUAAAAUACAUCAAUUACCUUAAUUCUAUAACAUGGAAAAAUGCUUUGUGUUCAUUAUGAAAGCUUCUAAAUGAUCCACCUCAAGGCUUUGAAGCAUUUUUCCUUUAGCUAUUAAAAGUAGGUUAUACAUUCCAGUUUUGAAGUCUCUUAAGUGCUUGUUUCAUAGCAUGGAGUCCGAAACAUAAAUUAAGAUGGCAUGUUACAUUUCAUGGUAAUUUCCUUCCCACUUUUCCUGGUUUCCUGCUCAUUUUUCCAAGGCUUGCUAGUAGUUGUGAGACACCUCACAAGAGGACAGUAAAGGAUGUGUGUUCAUUUUUUUGUUUUUUGUCUUGAAAGUAGAUAUACACAGUCAUAGCAAUGCAGCCAUUCAAUUUGGAUGUUAACUUUCUCAACUGAACUGCGUAAAUUGUUUCUUAAGAAUUCUUUAUGUGGCUGUGCUUCUCUAAUCAGUAUCUCUUGUCCACUUCCAAAAGAGUUCCCUGUCACAAAAUCAGAGUAAAGAUCAAUUAAAUGUCCUUUUCUGUUUAUCAUGUAUUCCAGAAAUCAAGGAACAGAUUAUUUAUUCCAGUGUUAAUUUCUAUACAGCACUUCUCUGUGCUUUGGAUACUGAUACUUUUUUGUGUUUGCCGCACUUAACCUCAAGUUUUUUAUUCCUUGCACUUAUGCUGUCUAAAAUAAAGAUGUUUUGAUAACUGGUUUCAAGAUCAAACACCAGAUACUGUUGGGAAAAACAGUAUAGAAAAGGGUUUAGUGAUGUUGCUUUUGAGUGUUGUAAACCAACAUCCAGUUCAUUUGUGUCCUGGUGAGAUACCCAAAAUUCAAAUGACACCAUUUAGGAGGAGAUUUCUACUAACCACAAAGACCUGAAAGCAGGACUAAGGCAAUGGUUCUUCUUCCAAAGUAUGCAUGUCCACACAGUAUAUCUAGUUCAGCCAUGCUUAAUAAUUUUUUAAAAGGUGAACUAACUUGCAUCGUGUAUUACAUGCAGUUCUAGUGUUAGGAGUCUCCUAACAUACAUCUGGAAGCAUAAACUGAUAGAAAACGGAAGGUUAUUUUUUUUUCUUUUGGGCAAUUACUGUGAAAUUGUUUGUGAUAUUGGUGCUUAGUUCUGUCGCUGCUCAACAGGAUAGUCCCAUAUCAGUUGAAUGAAAUAGGAUAAUGUGAUGAGAGGAAAUGCCUUAAGCACUUUAGACAUUUUUCUUAGAUUAUGAAAUUUGUGAGCUAACAACCUUGAUUGGUUUUUAUUCUGGAAUAGGUUUGCCGAUGUUAGUGCAAUUGAGCAAAACGAUUACUCAAUUUGAUUGUGUUGACUCUUCAGGUAGAAGAUCUAGGUGACAAGACAUGGUAUUUUCCUUGUACAUAAAUUUGUCCGGUUACUCAUUGUAAAACUUAAAAAGUAUUUUUGUAUUUGUAGCAAGUGAUGGUUUGAUUUGUAUAUUUACAGGAAAAAAUGAAAGGUGUAUGGCUAAUUUAAUGUUUAGGAAUAAUGACCUCGAAUCUAUAAAAAAAUAUUUACAUAAUAAAAGUUGGCUUCCUCUUAGGGAAAACAAUGGCGAAUUAAAUUUGAACCUCAGGCUGUGUGAACUUGCUGAGAGUUUCAAACAUUUUGAACAUCCAAGCCACAUGAACACUAUUACAAAUGGGGAUUUAAAGGUUAAUGUUUGAAUGUUAUACAGUAACUAAAGACUUCCUUUUAAGCUUGAAGGUUUAGCAAGUCCACCAUCUGUCACUCUCUUCUGUUCUUUUCCCUCCCUGCUAGGACUCAAUUCUCUUUUUUUGGUGUAGAACAGGUUGGAGGCAAGAUAUAGCCUGUCAAAUAUUGACAAAUUAGUUCUUUGAUGUAGUUGUAUUUCAACGGAGUGUAGUAGUAUAUGAUUGUCCAUCUUGUUAACCUACCAAUUUUGAACAUUAUUUUUGUCCCUGGCAUAAAGUGAAGUGUUUUGAAGGUUAAUUGACUUGAAGGGGAUGUAACCGUUUCCUCACCCUCCUGUCCUUCUGCUGAGCCCGGGCAGAUUUUGCUCCAUGAGUUGACUGUUCAGUUUUCACUUCUGAUAAACACUUCUGCUUGUGCCUUCUUAAAACGGCUCAAUAUCAUUACUCUGCUGGUGGCAUAAGGUGUUGAUACUAGAAUACUUAUUGCUCUGAUAUCACACUGAUCUUACUAAACAGGGAGAUGGCAUAUUGACAGUACCUCAGGUAUGCAGUGCUUCCUUCUUGUUAAGUAUCCUAAGACGACAGCCCUACUUGCCAUAGCAACACUGUAACAUUCGGGUGCCUUAGAGCCCAUGGAGUGUUUUUAUUUGCUGUGUCUUUAAUUCAAACACAUCUUAACAGGCGUUUUGUAUUAAUAAAUAAAACUUUUUAAAGAUUA